AUGGCCUCAUCUCAAAGCUUCACAAUGUUAUACUUUGCUUCCUCGCGCGACGCCGCUUCAGGCCUCUCAUCAGAGUCAAUCCCCCUCCCAGCAGGCACGGACUCUAUCACAGUGAAAGAGGCGGUCAAACUCAUCAUUGAGCGCCACGGCGAGAAGAUGGAGAAAGUUAUAAAUACAGCUGGGCUUGCGGUAAAUGUGGAGUAUGUUGAUCUGGAGGAGGAGUUGGCUGGGAAGGCAGAGACGAGGGUUAAGGCUGGGGAUGAAGUUGCGGUAAUUCCGCCUGUGAGUGGAGGGUAG